AUGGCGUCAGUAGUCGAAUUGCCUGGGGAAGCCAACCCCUUAACUCGUCAGAACAUUUUUAACACCCUGGUGAACGCUGCGGGCAACACGCAACAACAAGUUGUAGCCGGCGGACAACAGCUUCAAAAUUGGGAGAAACAGCCGAAUUAUUUUUCACUGCUACAGGAUAUCUUCGUCGAUUUCUCCCUGCCAAAUGAAGUCCGUUACCUGUCGAUUAUACAGCUGAAAAACGGCGUUGAUAAAUACUGGAGAAAAACCGCCCCAAAUGCUAUCAAGGCAGAGGAGAAACAGCAGAUCAGAUCGCGGGCCCUUGAGGCUGGUGCUGUCGAACCUGAUACCAAACUUGCUCUUCACAAUGCCCUGAUGCUUGCAAAGAUAGUGCGUUUGGAAUUCCCGUCAGAAUGGCCUGAUGCGAUUGUAUCAGUGCUUACAUUGCUUCGCGCCGCCUGCCAGCCCGGUAGCAAUCCUUUGCAGCUUCCACGUACCCUCCUUAUCCUUUUACAUAUAACCAAAGAGCUCUCCACGGUGAGAUUGCAAAGGAUUAAAAGGAACCUCUAUGACAUUGCGCCGGAGAUAUUCCACAUUCUUGCCAACAUUUAUGUCGAAAAGGUCCGUAAAUGGGGUACCUUUUUAGAAGUUGGUGGUGACGACGAGGGCGGAGCUUUGGAAUCCUUCGAUGAAAGUCUCAUCACGUUGAAGACUUUGCGCCGGUUGAUAGUUGCCGCUUUCGAGAACCCAAACAGAGACAGCGACGUCCAGCAGUUUUGGACCUUAUCACUUGCUCAUGUCGGGAAUUUCUAUUCGUUGCUGGAACGGAAGUCCUCCGAAUUGGCACCAAAUGUCACAAGGCUACUUGAAAGACACAUAAUGCAGCUAUCCAAACUUCAUUUGGAGAUGGCCAAGACCCACCCUGCAGCAUUUGCCUUAUUUCCUGGCUGCGUCGACCUAACCCGAUCCUAUUGGGGUCUUGUUGUUGAGCUUUCCAAACACUACGACCCAAGUGACAUGUCUCGAGCCAAAAUUGGAACUGAUGGCGACGCUGAUGACGAAGAAACUCCAUUCCUAGAAAAUAUCGCGCUCAAGGGCUUGCUUAUCCUUCGCUCAUGUAUAAAAAUGGCAUUCUACCCAACACACACGUUUAAAUACCUUCAUGCCCGGGAUAAAGAGGAGAGAAGCCAAUCCAUUGAGCUUAUCAAGUCCCAACUACUGACACACGAAUUCGUAGUUCAAGUCAUGGAGCUCCUUAUCACCCGCUUCUUUGUCUUUCGGGCAAGCGACCUGCGGCAGUGGGGGGAAGAUCCCGAAGAAUGGGAGAAGCGUGAAGACGAGAUCACAGACGCGUACGACUUUUCUAUCCGUUCUUGUUCCGACAAAGUAUUUCUAGACCUCCUUAUCCACUUCAAACAACUCCUUGUCCCCACACUCCUGCGCGUCUUCUACUCCUAUGCCAGUCCCCAAAAUCAAGAGGUUCUGCUGAAGGAUUCCCUCUAUUCAGCUGUCGGCCUUGGGGCCGCCAUCCUGGAGAAGCAGCUUGAUUUCAAUGCAUUUUUAUCAUCUACCCUUAUUCCGGAGGUUCAAAUUCAGCAGCCAGGGUAUAACCUUCUUAGACGACGGAUAGCAAUACUGCUUGGUCAAUGGGUACCCGUGAAAGCUGACGAGUUAGACAUGUCGUCUAUUUACCAAAUUUUUCAACAUCUACUUAAUAAAAGUGAUCCAAUUAACGAUCAAGUGGUUCGAGUGACGGCUGGUCGUCAACUGAAAAAUGUGCUAGAGCCAUUUGAAUUCAGCGUUGAUCGGUUCCUGCCCUAUGCUACGCCCAUACUUCAGAGCCUUAUGGAUCUGAUAGGCGAAGUAACUCUUACAGAAACCAAGAUGGCACUUGUCGGGACAGUUCGGGUUGCCGUGGUUAAGAUGGAAGAUCACAUUGCGCCGUACGCCGACCAAAUAGUCUCUCUACUACCACAGCUGUGGGAGCAAGCAAGCAAAGAGAAUUUGAUGAAGCAAGCCAUUCUAACGCUACUUUCUUCAUUAAUUCAUUCAAUGAAACAAGAAUCUGUCCGAUAUCAUCAGAUAAUUAUUCCCCUGAUCCAAAAAUCCGUCGAUCCUGAAUCGGAGGCACUAAUUUAUCUCUUAGAGGAGGCACUUGACCUGUGGUCUGCCGUUCUCAUCCAAGCUCCCGCUCCCCCUUCCCCAGAUCUUCUCCACCUGAUACCAUCUCUCUUCCCUGUUUUAGACAUUGAUACCGAAUGUGUCCGUCAAGCUCUAGAAGUGACUGAAUCCUAUAUUCUCCUUUCACCCCAGGAAGUACUCAGCGAUAAUAUCCGAUUCCGCUUGCUAGCUUCGUUGGAAGCUCUUCUCGGUUCAACUACACGACAGCGCCUUGGUGUUGUUCCCCAUCUUGUCGAAAUGCUGAUUCGAGCGAUAGAGUUCGUCAACCCCGGAAACGAACAAGCAUAUACUAUUGUCGCCAAGUCUCUUAUGGACUCUUCGUUCCUCCCAACACUUCUAUCCGGUCUCCAUGAAGCCUACGAAGCUAAUCUCACCACAGGACCAAAAAAGAAGUCCCCUGCCGUUUCCGGCGUAGUUGAAACAGAUUACUUCUCCGUCCUCGCUAGAAUCGCCCUCGCAAGCCCGAAAAUAUUCAUCUCAUCUGCCUCUUCCUCCAGAGAAGAUCAUUUAUCCGAAGAAGAAACCGUCAACUGGAUACUGAUGGAAUGGUUCUCCCAUUUCGACAAUAUGGGAGACAUUAACCGCAAAAAGCUACAUGCCCUGGCCCUAACGCAUCUCCUCUCCAUAAACGGGCCCUCAACUCCUCCGCCGGCCUACCUCUUAAACCACCUGCAAUCUUACCUCGUCGUAUGGACUGACCUUAUCAGAGAACUAUCCGAAGGCACCUCCUAUGACCCUAAUGAUCCCCUAGGCGGUGAUUAUCUUAUUGUCUGGAACGCAGGAUCGGCCACAGGUGAACCCGAUGAGAAAUACCAGGCCAACGAACCUCCUGAAACCACACGGCGGAGGACAUGGAGUAAUGCGGACCCUAUACAUAAAAUCAAUUUACGCCAUUUUGUCACGGAGAACCUGCGGGGAGUUGUUGGGGCGUGUGGUGGGAUUGACAAGUUUAGGGAUGAAUGGUUGGUAAAUGUUGAUCGUGAGGUUGUGAAUGGGUUUGGUGAGUUGGGAGUGUUGUGA